AGGCGCCCGGCCCUUUGGCAUUCUUACCGUGUCUGGGUUUUUAUGGGGUUUUUUUGUUGUUGAUUUUUUUUUAAACCAUCAUUAUAGAUAAAGAAUCUGUAUGCCUUCACCUUUGGUUAAAUUUGAGGAGCUGGCAGUGAAAUUAUUGAUGCCCAACUUGGAUAAAAAUGAAGAAUGACGUUUCCCCAGUUUACUACACACAGACCAAUAUUAUUUGAGAGAGAGGUCAUUAUAUAAUGUUGUUAGGCUUAGGAACCUUAAAUGUAGUGAAAGGUAAAAACAUUCCUGCUUCUGGUUUGCGUUUGUGAUUAAGGUUUCACCAAAUCAUUUAUUAUAAUGUAACUUACUCUUAACAUUUUGUUCAUAAAUAUUUGAGCAAUCAGAUGAAAAUAAAAUUUGCAGCAUCAUUUCCUUUCUCUACUGAUAAAGCUGCUUAACCACCCAAGUGAGCCAAGGGAAGUUCUUGAAGUUUCUGUAGGUUUGAGUUAGAAUAGUAUGGGGCAUAUAUUUAUUGAGCAAAGCCUCUGUUUUUGUUAUUAGUUUAUUAGUGUAUUUCCAGGAGAAACAGAUUUACUUUUCAGUCCAUGUUUUAACUCUCUGAUAAAAUCGAGUGUUUUGAAAAUUGAAUUUUAAACUAUUAAAAGUUGCUUUCCUCUGUGGAGUAUGUCUGCACACACUUAAAUUUAGAAAUUACCUUUUCCCCCAGAUACAUGCACCCCCCCUUUUUUUUAGAGGAACCAAAAUUUCCACAUAAUGUACAUGUUGGAAUACAUAGUUUAUUAAAAGUAGGUGUGUCCAAGAGAUAGUGUUUUUAAGUCUCAUAAGGUCACUUUAAGAGCCAAUGCAAGGUAACUUUUGUAAGACUUAGGGAAAAAGUUUAAAAUGUAUUAAUGUCAGGUUCUGAGGAAAUUUAAUGCACAUUGACUUUUUAAACUGGAUUGAACUCCUCAGUUUAAUACAAUUUGUGUUUUUGUUAACUAGCAGCAGAAUUUCAGCAUUUGCUACUUACUGGUAGAGAAGAAAAAUCCCACAGCCCUGCCAGUACAGGUUAGUUUAAUCUGUAAGUACCUGAUGUUCCUAUUUUUUUCAAACAUAUCCAUAUAACCCACACAAGGAAGAAAGCUGUGCAGUUACUUAAAUGUGAGUAUAACUAAUAAUAGAUCCAUUGGACACUUUUUAAACACUCAGUACUUGGGCCAAAGUAGCUAGGUUUGCUAACCUCCGUUGUGAGAAAGGUGUAAUACUGCUCCUUUAUUAUCUGGUUGUGAUUGACCCUAAGUAGAUCUGUUGUACAUAAAAGGAAAACACAGUGAAAGUUUCGAUUGGCUAUAUGCACAUGUUGGUAUCUGAAAACAGAGUGCAGGGCUUUGGGUCCAGGCUCUUUUACUUAAGCCUCUCCCAUGGUGGUACUCAUAUUUUACCUUUUAACUUUUUACAGUAUGAAUCAACCCAAGAAAGUCAAGUUUCCUCACCUCUAGCAGUGAUAAAUGGUGUGUAGUCAUAAGCUAGAAAAUGUUUUCAUACUGCUUUUUUGUUAAAUGUUUUUAGUAACUCUUGCUGUAAAUAGUACUAAUUUUAUUAAUCUUUUUUGUAAACUAUAACCUAUUUUGUUGGUGCACCACCAUUGUGGGCUCGUUUUACCUUGAAUUAAGAAUAACAAAACUGACUUUUUAAUACUCAAAUGAAAACUGACCACCCACCAUGAAACCUAGACAGAUUCCUUGUGUAUUCCUUUUGAGGGGCAGUGAGGGUAUAAUGGCUUGUAAAAGAUCUGUUAAGGGUUUUAUUACUGUCAUUGGUUCUACCAGAAUUCAUUGUUUUCUUCAACCAUCUUUGAGACCUUUCCUUUAACCUUUAAAUAUUAUGCUUUUAUGUUGAUAAACAUUUUAAAUACCAAGGAAAAAAGAAUAAAGCUUACAAUUUGGUUUAUACAAGCCUGAACCAUCCUUCCAUUCUGUAGCAUUGAUGAGGAUGCAUGGCUACCUCCUCUACGCCCUAAGUGUAAUGAUGUCUAAUUUGAAACAGUCCAUAAAACUAGCUGAUCUUGUAUUCUAUUAAAUGGGGAUGGUGAUUAGCCACUGAAAACAGACCAUCUUAAUGUUAUUUUAUAUGAAAGUCGUGCACUUAAUUAAAAAUCUCGAUAUAUCAGCUGAUAAUAAAAUAUAUUUUAUAAGAUAUCCACUUGUUUUUUAAUAUAAAAUUGCCUAAGGGCUUAAGUUUCAUUGCCUUUCACAGUUUAAUCUGUAUAAGAAAUGGCGUAGAUACAGUGGAAAUGGUUUUCCUUAAAACCAUCUCUAUAAAGCUGCCUUUCUGGUGAGUAUUAUUUUAUACUUCUAUGUCACAGUUUUUCCUUUUAAGUUUAACUGAAAUGGGAUACUGAUCAAAGAAGUGAGCAACCUGAAUUUUGACACUCUUUAGAUAAUACCUGAAUUGGGAAUGUAUUUUAAAAGUUGAUUAUUUUCACUUCCUGACAUUUCCCUAACAAUCCAGAUCAUUUUUCUGACUUCCACUUAGUAACUGAAAAACCUUUUAACAUGCAAUUUUUUUUCUUUUGGUAAGAUAGAAAAAAUGUUUUUACUCAAAACUAGCGCUUUUAAAAAAUGUUUUUAAGCUUAAGAUUUUCCUUUUAGCUGACAACCAAAAGUUUUGUCUCAAUGCUUUUGGUUCCCGCACUGCACAGGUGUAAAAUUUAAACAUCAGAAUUUAUGUCUUCUCUGUGAAUCUGUUGUUGCAGUGAUUCGUGAGUAAUUAAAGCUGAGGGUAGGCUUGAAGAAGGACUUAACCUGAAAUGCUCCUGCAGACUAUUGCUUAUAGGAUUCUCUGUGAAUGAGGCUUGAAAAUUUCAAGUGUAUCUUUAAAUCUUUCUAACCUUGCAUGGAAAACUUAGGUUAGAAAUACGGUUUCUGGGACUGUGUAUACCAGUGGAAAUUAACCUCUGGGUGUAUUUCUAAUCACUUUAUGCCCUGUUUAGUACUUUCCUUCAGAGUGACAUGGAUUUUUUUCUCUCUAGUCUUUAGCCACAUCCUAGCUGAUGUCAACAUAAGCUAAGGAUGUUUUCACAUUGUAUUUCCUGCUGUAAUGUUGUAAAGCAACAAUGAACAGGAAGCUGCUCCUAAUGCAUUUUAGUAUGGAAAAUGAUAGUCUUCUAAAAUAAAUCUGACAAUUGAUAUUUUGAGUAUGUGAUAAUGGUGAUGUAUUCUUCUAGAUAAGCACUAAACAAAGUAUGGACCCUCAAUUUAUGUCUUUAAAGUGAAGUAAAUUUCUAAGGAACUCUGUCCUUUCCUAGCAAGGAUAAGCAGACAUUGAAAAUGUGGUAAGUAUGUAACUCUAAAUGCAUGUAAUAGUGGUGAGAGUAAGUAGCCAAAUUUCCAUAGUUUAAAAAUUUAGACAUGAACAAGAAUUCUUGAAUUUCCUUUGCGACUUCAUGUAUGUGUGUCUAGCAUUUUUACAAAUUUGUGUGCACAAUGAUUAAAUUGAAAUGUAUCUUAACUCCUUUGUCUGGUUUGCUUUCUUUUUAUUUGGUAUGGUGCUUUAAACACUAAUUGUAUUUCAAGAUUUUUUCAGUAGAAGUAAGUGGCUGAUAAAAUACCUUCAAGAAGAAUUAUUUAAAUGUUUCUAUUUUAAAACCCAGUGAUGACUUUUCAGUUUAUUUGAAGCCUUCUGUUUUUCAGCUCCAGUUAAAACUGACAAUAGACAGCUGAUAAGAAACGGGGGGUGGUGGUGGUGGAACCAACCUUGUCCUCUUUCUGGAAUAUUGUAGGAAUCAUUGUCUAAUAGUAAAAUGUUAUGAAGCUGGUAUUUGAUUUUCAUGGAAGCAGUGCUUUUUAAAUUAAGAGAAAAGGUGAUGAAAUUUGGAAUCUCCCCUGUUCUCCCUGGGAUGUUGUAUUUAAUAAUAAGAUCGUAAAUGGAACUUUAAGUGAAAACAUUUAAUUGCUACACCAGGGAAGGUCAUUUAUUUCUGAGUAAUAAUGUCCAUUUCCUUCCUAACUAGGAGAGCAUUAUUUUGUGAAGCUGUUCAAGAUCCCAAAGGGUUGUAGGAAAGAGGGGGACCUUCUCAGUACAGUCUACAGGCUUCACUCUAGCAUUGUACUGGCAAGAGGGGAAUGGAAAAGCAAGUUAUACACAGAAUAUAUGAUGUGAAGCGUGACAUUCAGGAGAAUGAUGAGGAGGCAGUGCAGGUCAAAGAGCAGAGUAUCCUGGAACUGGGGUCUCUCUUGGCGAAGACUGGACAAGCUGCAGAGCUUGGAGGACUCCUGAAGUAUGUGCGACCUUUCUUGAAUUCCAUCAGCAAGGCUAAAGCAGCUCGUCUGGUCCGAUCUCUUCUUGAUCUGUUUCUUGAUAUGGAAGCAGCUACAGGGCAGGAGGUCGAGUUGUGUUUAGAGUGCAUCGAAUGGGCCAAAUCAGAGAAACGAACUUUCUUACGCCAAGCCUUGGAGGCAAGACUGGUGUCUUUGUACUUUGAUACCAAGAGGUACCAGGAAGCAUUGCAUUUGGGUUCUCAGCUGCUGCGGGAGUUGAAAAAGAUGGAUGACAAAGCCCUUUUGGUGGAAGUACAGCUUUUAGAAAGCAAAACAUACCAUGCCCUGAGCAACCUGCCGAAAGCCCGAGCUGCCUUAACCUCUGCUCGAACUACAGCAAAUGCUAUCUACUGCCCCCCUAAAUUGCAGGCCACCUUGGAUAUGCAGUCAGGUAUUAUCCAUGCAGCAGAAGAGAAGGAUUGGAAAACUGCAUACUCCUAUUUCUAUGAGGCGUUUGAGGGUUAUGACUCCAUCGAUAGCCCAAAGGCCAUCACAUCUCUGAAGUACAUGUUGCUGUGCAAAAUCAUGCUCAACACCCCUGAAGAUGUCCAGGCUUUGGUGAGCGGGAAGCUUGCACUUCGGUAUGCGGGGAGACAGACAGAAGCAUUAAAAUGUGUGGCGCAGGCUAGCAAGAACAGAUCACUGGCAGAUUUUGAAAAGGCCCUGACAGAUUAUCGGGCAGAGCUCCGGGAUGACCCAAUCAUCAGUACACACUUGGCCAAGUUGUAUGAUAACUUACUGGAACAGAACCUGAUCCGAGUCAUUGAGCCUUUUUCCCGAGUUCAGAUUGAACACAUAUCUAGCCUCAUCAAACUCUCCAAGGCUGACGUGGAAAGGAAAUUGUCACAGAUGAUUCUUGACAAGAAAUUUCAUGGGAUCUUGGACCAGGGGGAGGGUGUCUUGAUUAUUUUCGAUGAACCCCCAGUAGAUAAAACUUACGAAGCUGCUCUGGAAACAAUUCAGAACAUGAGUAAAGUAGUGGAUUCCCUCUACAACAAAGCCAAGAAGCUGACAUAGAGUUGGAUCUGUAGCGGUCCUUUGGAGAGUGUGUGUGGCGGGAGAGUGAAACCUUUGGGGAAAAUGCUAGGAGAUUCUUUUUUCUUUUUGUUCUACUUUUCGCUCGGAAAGUUUUUAAAUCCUCAUUUGGUGCAUCUGUAUUCCAGCCAAUAGGUGUGCCAGUUUUCAUGUAAUCUUUACUGGCCCAACUUGGGAGUGGGGAAAUUGCUUAAAAAAAAAAGAAAAAGAAAAAAAAAAAGGUUAUUCUAAAUAAAAGGAAAAAGGCUUACACUACCUAAAGCUGUGCUCUCUGCCUCCGGGGAGAGGGCCACAAAGCCAGGCGCCCCGCCAACCACUGGGGCUCCUAAUCCACCUGCUGGGCGUCACCUCUCCUCCUCUUCAGAAUUGGGUGUUUGCCUGACCAUCAAAGCAACGACUUUUUAUUCUGUUUGUACUGAACCAAAACAAACAACUGUGUAUAGACUGCUAUUUUCUUUUUUAUUUGAAACGAGGUGUUUCGGUGUUCUUUCCCCUGCCACAUGGCCUGUCACCCGCCCUCCCCCCCAACAAUGGCUCCAGCAGACUGGCCAGAGGGCCUGCCGCCGCCGCCGCCCCUGCACAGCUCCGCGCCGGCCUGUGGAGGAAUGGGGACGAGGCCAGGAGCUAGUGUCCACCGGCGCCACACGGGAGCAGUGUGGGCCCUUGGGGGGCCUGCUGUGCAUGUGGCUCUUUUUAACACAGUAAACUAGAUUAGAUGUCAGUGUUUUAAUUGCCCUUCUCUGCUCUUCUCUCUGUCCCUUCUCUUUCCCCUCUCAACCAGGAGACCAUCCCAUGUCUCUCUUCCUCCCUCCUUCCCCUCUAGGGGAGUCAGGCUGUCUGAAAUCCAUCGGCUUCUCUCCCUGUCCCACUCCUCCUCCCGCUGUCAGAUGGAUUUAGUCUUUUUUUAAACAAGUGAACAUUGGAAAUGAGACUGUGGGGUGUGGGUUUUCUUUCUUUUUUUCUUGUUGUUUUUUUUUAAACCUUUGUUGUCGGGUUUUCGAGCAACCUCAUGUCCCCCUCCCAGGGAGCUGCUUUAUUUACCUCUUAGAAACCAAACGGCUGGGAGGUAGAGCAUUGUAUUUCAGCAUGCUUUGUUUUAUGAUGAGAUCACAUAGAGAAGCUUUCGUGCCAUUUGGGCAGGUAAGCUUCUGCACCUCUGUCGUGCCCAGCUAUAUUUCUGCCUCCUCUCAUCUGUCUUCUCUUUUCCUCCUCCCCUCAUGCCUCCUUCCUGCUGGCCUCCUUUUCUCUUUCUUUCCCUUUCUCAGAUUAUCCUUCCAGGUUUUCGUAAUAAAUUUAUAUUUUGUAAAAGGAUUUUGUUGUACCAGGUUUUGCAUCCUCACUGAAUCUGACUGGCUUUUACUUUCCUCUCCAAAAUCAGGUUUUUGUUCUCAACAUUUCUCCCCAUCAUGUCCAGUCACUGUUUUGGUUUUGGCACCAUCAAUAUCAAAUGUACAAACGGUUCUUGCUAACCAACACCAGGUAUAUCUGAUGUUCAGAUGAGUUCCAAUAAAAUUUUUUUUUUCAAAAAGUGUC